UCUGAUUAACUUAAGCGAAUUAAUAUUACUUUUUUUGAAUAAUAAGACUUGUUAUACUAAUGUUUCUUAAAUUAUAAUUUAAUUGUAUUUUCAAUAGUUUAUAAAUUCUUGAUUGACUUUAAAUACGUUUAAAGGCAGAUAUAUUUGUGUUUGCUAUGAAGAAAAGAAUAUGUUUUGUGGUCCUACUGAUCUCAUUUUGUGUGUUAACGGAUGGAGCAGCAUUAAACACAUUUAAUGCUAAAGAUUGUCUUUUAACCUUCAUCAACUGUGCAAAAGAAGACACAUACCCUAUUCAAAAAUGGUAUUUUUCAAUUGAAAACAAUAAUGAAAAUGAAAUAAUCACUACUUUAUCAAUAUUAAAAAAUAAGAUGAACAAAUUUCCAGAUUUAAAGUGCGAUAUUGAAAACUGCUACGAGAAGAAAUCAUUCGAAGGUAUAUUUCCAUCUGAUAUGCAAAGAAAGAAUGAUACAGCGAUCAAUAAAAAGACGAAAACUGGAAAGAUUUUUAUUCGGAAAAAGAUGAAAGAUUCAAAUAAAUAUAAGCUUUUUGGGGUAGGAAUUCCAGAAGGUAAAUUAGUUGCCCAUAAAAAUAAAGGCAAUGCAUCUGACAAAUAUAAUGUGAAGAUAAACAAAGAUGAAGAAAUUGUCAACGGUGAAGAAACAAAAAAUGGUACAAGAUCGAAGCGGAGAGCAGCGGAUUGUACAAUAAAAGGCAUGGCAAACUCGUUUAUAUCUUGUACCAAGUAUUCUUCAGGAUUAUAUAAAUGUAAACAGAAGUGUGGUUACGGACAUGCAGUGGCACACGAUAAAACUAAACGAAAAAGGAAUUAUAGAUGCAAGAAAAAUAAAUGGAAACCUGAGCCUUUAAUUGAUUGUAAACCUUUGUUCAGCUGUGACGUGAAAUUAAAAGGUCCAGGAAAGCUUCAUUGUACUCAGUCAAGUUGGAAACAACCAUCCAUUUGCUCUAUUAAGUGCAGUGGAAAGAGAAAACCGAAAUCCUAUAAGUGUACAAAGGAUCUGAGAAACAAUUUACCUAAUUGUGCAUAUGUGAAUGAGUAAAAAAGUUGUCAGGAUUGACUUCAUUGUAAUUCCUCUUAUCUCAACAGGAAUGCACGAUCAGUUAUGGUCGCUUAUUUUUGCUUUUGUUUAAGUAUUUAAGUUUAUUUUUUUGUCAAAUAAAGAUAAAGUUAAAUUUUA